CUUGUCUUGUAGUUGGAGCUUUAGAGAGACGCACUGAGCAGCGCUGAUGUGAGAUCCAAAAGAAAGAGACAUGUCUGCCGCUCAAGGACUUCUCAACAGCGUCUUCUCCUGCUCCUCUCCUGCCUCCAAAGCCAUAACCAAGAGGAGGCUACGCCAGACCCGCAGUCUGGACCCCGCAAUCAUAAGACACUGUGGCACCGGCACCGAGGGAGCAAGUGGAGCACCGCUUUCUGGAGCGGCGGCAGCGGACGCAGGUGCGUCUCCGGAGCGCUUGGCUGUGAAACCAGCUUUACGCACCAAGAUUCCGACACUAAAGGAGCCCAUAACCCCGUCCCUCUCUUCUCCUUCCAUACCUCUGGAUGUUUCUCCAUCCUCCAACUUCCACUUUGACUAUGAUAUAGUGAAGCGUGCCAAAAGGAAUACCGCCGGGGAUUUACCGUUUCUGGUGAGGGGACCCGGUGCUGCGCCGUCCGGGAGCACCGGUACGCUGUUCUCCCCGCGGAGGUGGCUCCAGAGGAAAGUGCAGCCGUCCAGCUCUCACGCUUACGUUGUGUGGAAAUCAGAGGGUGAUUUCACCUGGAGCAGCCUGUCGGGGCGGAGCGUGCGCCUGACACCAGUUGCUAUCCAGAGCCUGUCGGAGCUGGAGAGGGCCAGGCUACAGGAAGUGGCCUACACCCGUUUACAUCAGGACUAUGACCUGGGAUGUCAGAUUACCAUGCCAAAAGAUGGACAGAAGAGGAAAAAGUCACUGAGGAGGAAGUUGGACUCUCUAGCAAAAGAGAAGAGUAAAGACAAAGAAUGCGUACCCCAGGCCUUCAGUAUACCGCUCUCCCAGGUCAUCGCUAAUGACAGAACACACAGGCAGCGUCAGGACGGCUACCGUCAGGACCCUCCACAGCGCGAGGAGCACAAGGACUCCUCUGACCUCGUCUCGUCCAUUUUACAGUUUGCCACCAAGCGGCCGUCCAAUAAGGAGUUGUCCAGCAGUAACUCCUCACUGAGUUCUACAUCAGAGACAGCCAAUGAGUCAACAUCACCCAACACCCCCGAAGCUGCCCCACGAGCACGCAGGAGGGGAGGCAUGUCAGUGGACUCCAUCACUGACCUGGACGACAACCAGUCGCGCCUGCUCGAGGCGCUGCAGCUCUCUCUGCCGGCCGAAACGCCGAGCAAAAAGGAGAAGCACCGGGACAAAAGGCUGAGCCUCAAUCCCAUCUACCGUCAGGUGCCCCGGGUGGUCGACAGCUGCUGUCAGCACAUCGAGAAGUAUGGUUUGCAGACUGUGGGGAUCUUUAGAGUGGGCAGCUCCAAGAAGAGAGUCCGACAGCUACGUGAGGAGUUCGAUCGGGGUGUUGACGUCCAGCUGGAUGAGGAGCAUAGCGUUCACGACGUGGCUGCUCUAUUGAAGGAGUUCCUCAGGGACAUGCCUGACCCUCUCCUAACCAAGGAACUCUACACGGCCUUCAUCAACACCACGUUGUUGGACCCGGAUGAGCAACAAAAUGUUGCUCAGCUACUAAUCUACCUGCUCCCAGCAUGCAACAGUGACACGCUCCAUCGCCUUCUGGAGUUUCUAUCCACCGUGACUGAUCACGCCCACGACCGGCAGGACAAAGACGGACAGGAGAUCACAGGGAACAAGAUGACGUCUUUAAACCUGGCCACCAUCUUUGGCCCCAACCUGCUCCACAAGCAGAAGAGCUCAGACAAAGAGUUCAGUGUCCAGAGCUCGGCCAGAGCCGAGGAAAGCACGGCCGUCAUCGCCGUGCUGCAGAGAAUGAUCGCCAGCUAUCAAACCCUCUUCAUGGUGCCUCCUGAUCUACAAAAUGAGGUGCUGAUGAGUCUGCUGGAGACUGAUCCAGAUGUGGUGGACUAUCUUCUGAGGAGAAAAGCUUCACAGAGUCCCGACCUGUUGCAGUCAGAGGAGCCCUUCACCCUGAGCGAGCGCCGUUCCUCCAGCGACUCAAACAAAGCGUCUAGCGGCGAGGUGUCCCCUUAUGACAACAACUCUCCCGUUCUGAGUGAGCGCAGAGGAGAACCGGAGAGCCCAGGCAGCGAGCAGCUCUUCCGUGUCCCAGAGCAGUACACUCUGGUGGGGCAGGUGUCUGGCUGGGGCAGAGAACCUGGAGCAGCCGACACUUGGGGCACCAAAGAUACUGUAUCAGAGGAGCAUGCUAACAUUUGGGGGACAUGGCACAGCACUCUGAAACCAGCGCUCAAGGACCAACCAUACACAGGUUCUCAUGGCAACAUGUCAGAGGGAAGCUCCCGCAGCUCACAGGAAGGUCUCGAUGGACUCCAUGGCGAUGGCAGGCACCAGGCAACGCUACAAGGAACUCAGACAUUGCCCGGCAUCACUGAGUACAGAUCCCACCCGCCGGUCACCAGAGUGUGUACCAGCCCUUACGCAGAGACGGGGCGACCACGCCUGCAGCUAAACACCAACCCCUCUGUGACAUCACACCUCAACAGCACGCAGGGCCUCCAGCAAGCAACUGGACACAGAAUUAACUCGACCUCCAGGGCGAGCACCGCUGAUGGCGGCCCUGCUCUGCUCAGCGACGGCCGCUCUCCACCCCCUUAUAACGCCCACCAUCGACUGGCUAGUUCUCAAAGUUCACCUCAGCUCGCAGCGGCUCAGCGGGCCCCUCUGCAGCACGGGAGGCCGAGCACAGCGCAGAGUAACUCAGCCUCAACAACAGAGGCCCAAAUGGUGCCGCAGAGCCCAGAGUGGCAGGACUGGCAGAGGGACCGGUGGCAGAUCAGGCAACUGCUGUCCUCGGACAAUAUCGACACACUGCCUGAAACGCUGGUGUGAUCUCAGACCAUAAACUCCGGCUUAAUCUCUGUAGAGAUUCUGCUCUGGUAUCAUCAGACCCCUCCUAUUGACAAUCACUCCUCAUCCUAACCCUAGUUUUUCUCUUGGCCUGCCUUUCAUCCAUCCAUCCAUGGAUUUCAUCCUUUCCGUGAACCUUCUGUGCUUCUCCUGCAUCUUAGCGCCAUGGCGUUGUUGUUUACGUGUGCAGCUGCUGCCUUAUACAGACUUUUACAUCCAAGAGCCACAAGUAUUUCUUGUUUUGUAUGGAUGUUCAAAGGUUGCUUCUGUUCGUAGCCCAUGUUUUGUUCAUAAUGACUAAUGAGUUGGGAGCAUUAAGAAAUGCCCACCAGAAAUACCUCAGAAAACUAUUCUUUCACUCCUUUUCAGAAUGUUACCAUGACCACAUUUUCUAUUCUGAGAGAGUUCAGUCUUCAUAUCUCAAUUAAGAGCAAUAGGAAAGCACCAUUUGUGUAGUUUGUUAUAUUUUAAUUUCAUAAUUUUUACAUUUUUCUUUUUUUUUAAUUUCCACCAACAGACACUAAGAUGUACGCAUUAGUAACUGCUGCUAAACGUAGACUUUUUGUGUGCGUACUCUUUAUGUAGCUCAGCCACAUCUGUCUAAAAAGAUCAAAUGUCGAAUUACUUUUCAGUGUCAGAUUAUGUUUGACUUACUUAUACUAUAUAUAUAUGUAAAUUGACAUGUAAAGUAUAUAAUUUGCCAAUCUACCUAAAAGUAAGUCAGCCCUUUAACAGGCAGUCUAAAUGUUGGUGUUUGUCAGACUGCUGUUUUCUGUCUUUUAAUAUUGAAUGUAAAAUGCUUCAGUUAUGGCAAAAUGCUUAGAUCUAAUUAUAAAGCACUCGGCUGUAAGUUUGCUUAUAUGUGCUCUUGCCACCUGCUGGAGGACUGCAGGAUCAAUGUGCCAAAGUUUUUUUUUUUUUUUGUUUUUUUUACAUCAGGAUAUUUAUCGUACAGUUGUGUUCAUUUUCAUCCAGUUGUUCAUUUCUAAGGAGACUCAAGAGCUUGUGACACUGGCAGGUGUUUGUCAGGAUUACAGGAAUAAAGAGGCUCAUUUUAACACACAGAUUUCAUUAUCAGGUUGGUGUGAAGAUCAUGUUUCCAGCUAUUUAUAAAAGGACUUAAUUGAGAUGCUAAAACAAAACCGUAAUAUAUUUGUGUGAAUGACACUUUGACUGAUCCAUUUUAUUACAUCUCCCAUGCUAGACUUAAUAUUCCAUCUGGGUGUAGACUCAUUACCUGUCUAAAAGGCUUGAUGAAGUUUUGUAGGAGUCAUUAGAAUUCAUAAAGAAUUAAUGAUCCAGCAGUGGUCAAACUGAGGUGCUUAAAAAAGAAAGAACGUUUCCUCAGCACUUACGCCCACAACCAACCUGCCCAAAACCUCUCCAGUGUCACAGUCAAGUGGGUAUUUGCUGGCAAAUAUUUCACAUUUUCUCAAGUCAUGGUGUAAUAUUUGCUCGUCUGAAGCUACUUCAGCAUUAAAUCUGGAAACACACUGUAUUUAAUUCGACACCUUCUUAUGUUGUCCUUUAUUUGCUUGUCAAUUGUCAGUUACUUAGAGGAAACAAUGGAAGAGUCUCACAACUGCAAGAAGAGAAAGGAUUGUGGUAAGGGCUAUGGCGCCAUCUACUGUCCGACUAUGAGCAGCAUCAUGCUGCUGCAUCCCACAGUUCAGUGUUUCCAUGGUAUCCAUUUGCGCUCAAUUUAGACUCAAAGCUUGUGAUUAUAAGCACCUUUUGUGAAAAUGUAAAACUCUGUGUGAGGAAAUAAACGUGCCAUAGGUCUCACUCUUAAAAGUUUCUCCAUGCAUUGCUCAAGGUUCAUAUUGUGAAUUUUUUUUGUGUUACUUUGUCUUUUUUUUUUGUUGAGUGUUGUAAUAUAUAAAUCCAAUAUAACAAUUUUUAUUCAAGAAGAAAAAAGAAAGAAAAAAAAGGAGCAAAUAAUCCUAAUGGUCCUAGCUUUGUCUCCCCAAACCGAGGCCAUGUUUGUCUUGUUGACUUCACUAUGAGACUAAGAGAAACAUAGUGCUGUGGUGUUUUUUUUGUUGAUAUUUUGGUGGGGUUUACUGGGUCCAAGUCGUAAUGGAAUAUCUGGUAAAUGCUUUUGUACUGCGUGUCAUCAUCAAUAUGCUACUAUGGAAUUAAAAACGAUAA